AUGGGUCCAAAAAAUUGGAGGAUUACCAUUCCAGUUAAACCGUAUAAAUGUCAUCAGUGUCACAAGGGUUAUGCUUUAAAAUCGAGUUUGUGCAACCACCUAAACGAGUGUGGUAAAGAACCCCAAUUCAGGUGCAUGGUUCCGUUUUGCGACUACAAAUCGAAAAGGAAAGAUCUACUCAAAUUGAACUGUCCAAGAUGCAACAGGCACUACGCACAAACUUAUACCCUGACAAGGCAUUUACGUUACGAGUGCGGUGUGGAUCCAGCCUUUAAGUGCCCUAAUUGCCCCUAUACUGCCAGACGAAAAUUUUCAUUAAAACAGCAUUAUCUUAAAAAACACGGCGAUGCCAAUAUCAUUGAUGUCAAGACCAAAGACACAAAUGUCCAACCUGUAACAGAAGUUACAAGCACAAGUCAUUCGAGAGCUCGUAACCGUAGAUCAUACAACAGAUUUCAUCCUGACAGAACUUUCAAUUGUCCUCGAUGCUCGAAACCGUACAAAUCCAAGAAGGCCAUGACUACGCAUCUAAGAUUCUCCUGCGAAAACAAACGACAGUUCUUCUGUAGCGUAUGCCCUGCUGCUUACUUCUACAGCCAUCAUCUGAAACGUCACAUGAAUCAUCAGCAUUCGAUGAUUUUGCCCAAUUGCAGUCUGGGUGUUGAUGAGGGAGAUAACAUGAGCAGCGGGACUGUAAAAAUGAAGGAGAAUAUUUAG